GAAACCCUAAAACAAAGAUAACACCCAUCAGCAAAAUAAUGGACUUGGUUUCCCCACAAAGCAAUCCAAACAACUUUCCAAGCCCGAUCUUGGGCUUAAACCUCGUAGCAAACAGCACCGAAACGCCUAUUUCUACCACUGCAUCGACCACCCGGAGUCGCUAUGAGAACCAGAAGCGCAGGGAUUGGAACACUUUUUGUCAAUACCUGAGGAACCAUAGGCCACCAUUGUCGGUUUCAAAGUGUAGUGGUGCUCAUGUUCUGAAGUUUCUUAGGUACCUCGAUCAAUUUGGGAAGAUCAAGGUUCAUAACCAGACAUGUCCUUUCUUUGGUCUCCCCAACCCACCAGCUCCUUGCUCUUGUCCUCUUAGACAAGCCUGGGGUAGCCUCGAUGCACUCAUCGGUCGACUCCGAGAUGCUUAUGAGGAACAUGGAGGUAAACCAGAAGGGAGCCCUUUUGGAGCCCGAGCAGCGAGGAUCUUCUUAAGGGAAGUGAGGGAUUUCCAGGCCAAAGCUAGAGGUGUUAGCUAUGAGAAGAAAAGAAAGAGACCGAUGCAAAAGGUGGAGCCACCACCACCAUUAACUGCUGACGCCCCUGCUGCAAGUUAA